AUUGUGAACAGAAUUGUACAUUUUAUAAGUUAAACUACAAAAUUAAAGUGUUUCUUUUUUGCAUCGAAAAUUAUUAAUGUGUUUGUAUUUAUUUAGUGCAGUUCACUAGUACGGGAUAUAUUUUUAGUGUUUGCAAUGAUUAAAAUGCGCUGUUUGAUUAUCUUCAUAGCUAUCUCAUCGAUAGCACAGGCUCGUCCCGGAAUAAUAUUCAGUCAAUCCUUAGCUGCUCCAGGAAUUGUAUACGCCGACCAAGGACCAUCGGUUCAUCCUCAUCCAGCAGUCGAGCUAAACGCUGCCAGAGAAGCCCAGCUUCCACCAGAACUCCUCAAAUCCAGAGCCUUCUACGACAACCCAGCCGUUGCAGCCGGCUUGGCGAAAGAGUCAUGGUUUACGAAUAAAGAAAUGCAAGUUGUUGAGCGCGAGGCAGAAAAGAUCCCGCGGCAGAGAAUUUAUGAUAUGGUUAAAAGUGCUGGAUUUUUAGAUAGACAUUAGAAACAAACGUAUAAUCACUUUUAACUCCCAAAAUUUGUCGGUCCUUUAUUUGCCAACAUCACAAUAUGUUCUAUUGUAUAUAUUCUAUAUGUUAGUAGCGUAACUUUCUCCUUAAAAUUUAUACCUACGUCUCGGCGGCUAGCGCUAGGGUUGUCCUAAAGAUUGAUACGGUGUGGCAACAGAACACUUUUACUCUAACGAGAAGAACACCAACUCCAUACUAAAUAAAUGCAAACACGAUACUAGCGCCCGUUUGUGCCACCAGAACUAAUCAGCAAAAAAGGCGGGAGAUUUUGAAUAUUGCUAGGGAAGUUUAGGUAUUGUAUCUAUAAGCAUAUCAAUUCUAUGGCCCCCUAAAUGGUGGUUAUUGAAUGGACAUAGUAAAACAACGUUUUAUACAACAUAAAUAGUCUAUAUUCUAUGUCUAUGGAUGUGGCACUCAAUAGUUUUGUCUCCCCAAGAUUGCUUAGCAGCUGCGUUAAUCGUGUGUGUGUGUGUGUGUGUGUGUGUGUGUGUGUGUGUGUGCGUGAGUCGAUUCGGACGCUCUAGUAUGAAUUUAAAGUACUGUUCCAUUACUGUUUUGUGCCACCGCCGUCUUGACUUGCUUUUCUGACAUGUUCUACUUGCUUCAACCCUUUUGUACAUGUCUGCAUAAUCUGAUCGUGCUAAGGCUGUGGCGAUUUCUGUAGCCGAAGUGUAACCAACCGGAAUAUUACUCACACUCUGAUAUCCAACCUACGGUCUGUCAACGGGAUGUAUCUCAUAAAAAGAAAUAGUUAGAGAGUAAAUUUUUUCUAUGACAGUAAGGGAUGAGACGAGUAGGACGAAUUGAUACGCCCUGCCUAUUACAAUGCACGGCCGAUCAGGAUUCUUGAAAAAAAAAUUCUUAGCUGUUUGUCCAGUUAUUUCACUAGGUAUGGCACCCUUCAGUCCGAAACACAAUAAUGCUUACACAGUACUGCUUCACGGCAGAAAAGGGCGCCGGUGUGGUACCCAUAAUAUAGCCGGCAUCCUGUGCAAAAUAGGUCCCACUGUUAAAUGCCUCUUACGACACUCUUGGGCCUGGGAACCUAUUCAUUUUAAGCCCCGGGGAAGCACAGGGCGAUAAUAUAAUAAUAUAGUUCUUAUAUGUUUUUAAUAUAAAUAAUAUAUAUUUUAAAACAUAUAUUUGUAAAAUAAGUAUUAUAUUUUUGUUUUUUUUUAUUAGGUAGUAUAAUAUCAGGUUUAUUUUUAAUUUAUAAUAGAUGUGAAUAGAAGUGUUAGUUGAACAUUUUUUUUAAUUACGUACGAAAAUUAAAAAUAGACAUAAUUUCAUCUUCCCACUGGUAUAAUUAAGAUAUCCGUAUAAGUUUUGUAAAUAGUUGGUUUUGUUUUUGUUACUUUUAUAUAUUAUAUAAAAUUUAUUUAACUAUGUGUUAAAAUUAGUGAUAAUAUUUUCAUCUGUGAUCACGAGCAAUAAGUACAUAUAUGUAAGUUAUUGAUUCGUAUUUUUUUUAAUUUAAUAAAUGAGUUUGUGUUGGUUUGUGUACACGAGAGUUUUACAAAUCGGAUAAUA